UGUUAAUGUAAAACCUUCGAAAAGAACAUUUUUGGGUGCCCAAAAUUCUGUACAAUUGUUGUAGUUUAUCCUUUCACUUUCAGUAAAAUUUGAUCGGCCAAUCAAAUCGGCGAAAAAUGACUGGCUGUCAAUCAAUCUGUUUACAACCGCCUUUCUUCCCACCUCUGGGAUUUUUCACCGAUCUCUCAUCAAUUUCGCUUGAUCAGCAAGGAAGGGAGAAAGCCAAACUGCAGAAUUUAGACAAUUUCGCGGAGAAAUGAGCUUAAAGAAACAUCAGAGAUGUCAUUUUGAUAUAGAUAGCCCGUGCAAUUAAAUUGGAAAGAAAGAGUUUAUUGGAAAGAAAGACUUCAUAAAAGUUUUCGCUUUUGUCUUUAUUGCGCCAAUUUCGUCAAUUAGAACUUGCGCGAAGUGUCGGCGUAGACCCAAAGUCAAAAGAAAAGGCGAUCUUUGCAGCCCAUUUGUUCUAUGGCAGCUAACCACUCCGAAGUAGAUCAAACAGAGUCCGACGCGGCAGAAACAUUGCUACAACUUCGUCGAGAAAGCGAGAAGCGGAUUCGAUGGCAAUGCAGACUGGACCAGCACCAACCCUGCCUAACGAACCACAGUCCUUACCACCCUCCAUGGCCGAGUAUCUACCCGCCCUCUCCCAUGGCAUUUGAUAUGCGGAGUUAUGCGUGGUAUUUUCCGUUUGCCAUUCCGGGGGGACAACCAAGGCCUUGGUUUGCCCCAUCGCAGUUUUAUGUGCGACCACCACAACGUGAGGCACCCCCCGGAUCAGAAAUGGGACUCGGGUUUGUUGCGCCGCAGUCCCGUACAGAUGGCUCUAGAGGACAGGAGGUUGCAAGCGAGAAUAUUCAAGUUAAGAAUGACGAAGCAACUCAACAGUCAACAAGCGACCGGGCAGACAUCAAAAGAAAAAGACGUAACCUCACAAAAAGACAGCAAAAGAUUCUCGAGACAGCCUACCGUACGAUCAAAUACCCCACGAUAGAGGACAGACAUAGACUCGAGACUUCGACUCAACUCUCCGAGGACAGAAUACAGGUCUGGUUCCAAAACCGACGAGCGAAGGACAGACGAUUACAAGACGGAGCCGCCAUCCCACAUGGGGCGAAAGCGACCCAGCUAGAAAAAGGAUCGGCGACGGACGAAUCAGAGACUUUAAACGAAGAGGCAGAUAGUGAAGAGAACUUAAGUGAUGAGCCCGCAGAUAACGUACAACAGGAGGCUGUAGCCUUGCGCCAUAUGGAAUGCCUGUGGAAAGAUAGCUUCUUGGGGACUGAUUAGACACUAGAUACUAGGCCGUACAUGGUAGUUGAAACAGUAUAGGGGCAUAUGCGUGGUUGUUCUCCACGGGCUCAAACGUUGCAUUACCCUGCUAGCAGAGAUUCUUCCCUCUCGUGGCGCUUUAGAGUGAUGACCUCUGCUCACAGGCUAGUCAGUCAAGCCAGCCGUUUUUUUCGAACUUUUACGAGUAACAGUAUUCACCAACACGAAAAAUAUGUGUAUUUUUGGCACAGUUUUAUGGUUGCAAUGGUUUCCUUCUCAUCUUGAGAAGUCAAAGGAAUUCAAGAGAUAGAUUGGCGGUUAUGUGUUAGUAUAAACGUUUAUAGCGCACCAGAAAAGAAGGAUUAAAACCUUUUUCAUCUAAAUAAACUUUUAUAGCAUAAUAAAUGUUUUCCUGUUGGCUUUCUAAUCAUUCUCUUUGAUAUACGUCAUUUACCGAAAAGCAUUAGAGAUUUAAUAAAUACAUCAUCAGAUCAUAUCUCUCAAAGCGUGUAUUCGUUAGACGCUACUGGUUUCCAACACUGGUGGUUUCCCACUAGAGAAAGGCUAUAUCAAAGCUGAUGACCAUCCUUGUAACAGAACUUCUCAUAUGGGCAAAUCAGGUUGCAUAAUAAACUGUAAAUAUUCAGA